UUAGAAUUAUAUAACGUAAUAAAUUGUGAUUGGUACGUUAUAAUAAUAUAUACAGAAAUUUAAUUUAAUAAAUUCAAGUCCUUGAUCCGCACUAACUUAUCGAUGGUAUGACUUAUCGGUUUUUAUAAAACACAGUUACAUUUUAGAUCCGUCUUUUCAACCGAAGUGCCUAUUGUCAUAAGUUUUUGUGGAUGAAAUUAUGUCAUCGUUCGAUUUUUCGAUUUCGAUGUUCGAUGUUUAUGGAAAACGCAGUGUUUUAUAUUGAAUGUUAAGAUUUCUUCAUUUAACUCCGGACCUCUGUGGAUUGACGUGAAUAUUUGCUGGUGAAAUGUGCACAAAAAUGUUAUCAAGAAUAUUUGUGAGUUGUUUAUUUAUCAGUAUUAUAACGGGUGGAUACGUAUCCAACUUGAACGAUGCUUGUUUACGAUGCCUUUGUCACGUGUCCGGUUGCGAUCUAUCCCAUGGUUGUUCUGACGGUUAUUGCGGACCUUUCUACAUAUCCAGAGUGUACUGGGUCGACGCUGGAAAACCAACUCUACCAGAAGACAGCCCUGAGAGGAAAGAAGCUUAUGAAGAUUGCGCAAGAGACUAUUACUGUUCUCAAAAAAUUGUACAAAGCUACAUGGCGAAGUUUGGAAAGGACUGUAAUGGUGAUGGUGUAACAAACUGCUUCGACUACAUGAUGAUAAACCACCACGGGCCUUCGUGUUCAGCGCCGUUGAAUACAACGUCGUUGGGGCGACAUCGACUUCAACUCUUCAAUCAGUGCCAUUUUAAUCAAUACUAAUAUUUUUUCAACGCAAGGCGAUUAGUCAAUUUAUAACAAAUAUAAACAUCAUUAUGACAAUAAAACUUAAUAGGGACCAUAGACACUGAAAACGUGGACCAUAAAAUUCGAUUAUUUAAUAAUAAAAUCGAUUAUCAAAAUUAACAAAUCGUUUGUAAGACGCUCGUGCUUGUAAAUCGUUCGUGACAUUGAUCAAAAUGAAAACACAUAUAAUUGUUUUU